UGUAGACGAUUAUUUCAGAUGUGGUUCUUGUACACACUAUCAUGGAUCGCUACUGUACUGCAAGUUUGUUUUGUAACCAUGGCAAUUGCUGCCGGACUUUAUUAUUUGGCCGAGUUGGUCGAAGAAUUCACAGCAGUUGCGGCUAAGGCGAUCAGAUAUAUGGUUUUAUUAACCCUAGCAACAUAUAUUGGACUCUUCUUAUUUGAGAAUAUGCCGUUAUCAAUGAUAGUGUGUGGUAUUGUGGCACAGGUUUCUCACCUGGCUUUAUUGUCGAGCUUCCCGUUCUUCUCGUUCAGCUCCCCCGCCUUCCUAGUCUCCAUGCUGAUGGUCCUCGUCAAUCAUUAUCUUGCUUUCUCAUUCUUCGGGGAGAACUAUUUCCCAUUUAGCGAGGUGAUGGCGUACUUUACAAUCUGUAUGUGGUUAGUGCCGUUCUCCUUCUUUGUCUCUUUAUCUGCCAACGACAAUGUUCUGCCAACACACACUGGACGCUCAUCGUACUCAUCUCCAGGGGAAGACGACGUUGUGUCGAACUACUUCAGUAAGAAGCAGAAAGGAGUCGGUCUUCUUUCAGUUUUUAAUUCUAUCAAGGAUUCUGUGACUCCUUCUAAAUCUACCUUUAAAGCAUUCUAAACCUAGCUUUAAAAAGAAUAUCUGUGAUUAAAAGAAGUUUUGUUUUGGUAACUUGUACCAUAGAAGUUUAAAAUUCCGGGGACGCAAGUUUCAAACCUUACACAAUUUGUAAGUCGAGAAGAAACCCGUCUGCACUCUGCAUACUUGUGAUAAAAAAAAGUUAAGGCUACUCUCAGCGUCAGGUUUGGAACUUGCCUCACCUAAAAUGACGUAAACUUAUCGUUGUCUAAAUGAAAAAAUGAGUCUUACGUAUUCCAUUUACCUAAGAAUAUCCACCGCAGGCCAAUUUUUCUGUGUUUUGUUGUUUUUAAAAGUGUGGAAGGCAAGUUGUUAAUUCUGCGGUUGGAAAUUGUAUAGUUUAUACAGCUCUAAUCCUCAGGGGCAUUUUAGAUAUUCUUCCAUCUUUGACUUUUUUUUACUUCAAAAUCAAGUCCUCAUUUUCAACCCCGACCAUGACUGUAACCAAUAAGCCAUCUUUCUGAUUUUGUGAUUCUUCCUAGUUCAUUGUCCAUAAAUUUUUAAUGUGAAUAUUUUUCUUUUAGCUUUUUAUUUUUUUUUAGAAAUAUAAAUGCAAGCUUAAUGAUAUUAUUGAACAAUUCUCUACUUUUGCUCACUUUGCCAAUUUUUCCGACUUUUGUUUCGUCUGCGUGCAUUUACGUUGUAUUAUUAUUAAUCAGUGCUUGAGUAAAAAUUUCAGAUUUUUUUUUGUUAUCAUUUUUAAUCUCUACUAUCGAUU